CUGACUAGUGCGCACUUGUGGCGCGUACCUACGUAUACCUAACGCGUAUACCUGCACAUACCGCAGAGAGAGAACGAGACUGCGACGAAGCGCUCGUGUGCAUACUGCAUAUAUAUACAUGCACCAACGUAGCUCGUCGCGCAACAAACAUACGUGUGCAGCGGAAAUAUUAUUAGCCGCCUCCUGCAGCUACUACGCUUUUUUUUCUUUUCGUAUAUAUUGGUUAUAGCGCGAGUCUUUAGGCAGUCGCAGUCGUGAGUCGGGCCGAUCGUCGUCGCGAGUUUUCGAUUUAGACAACUGCGCGCCUGCCUACGCAGCAUAACGCACGAGCUCUCGCAUUGCGUGCCGGAGCGAGAAAACUCAUCCAGCGCCAGCAUAGAGUCACAAGUCAGAACUCGGACGGUCAACGCCAGCGGCACCAGCAGUACUUACUGGCAGUAGCAGCGAGUUACAACUUUGUGCUCGUGGCUCAUCUAACGAACAGCGACUCGUGUUUAGUUAUCCUAUCGACUUUGUCAGUCAAUUUCCAUCGCUUCUCCGCGGACUCGAGAGCGAAUCAAGAGGAAGAGCCGCACCGGCAGCCAGGACUCGACCCAUCGGCCUUUCAUGACAACUUGAAAAGCUCAUAUUUUUGACAAAAAUGGCACCAAACGUUACCAAUGCCCCUACAGGCGUUCUCUUUGAAAACGAAACUGUGGAAGAAAUAAAAAAAUGUAUGCUGAUUAAAGAAGAAGAAAAAGAAAAACCAGCGCCGAAACAAUAUAAAUUGGACAUUGUGUGGAGAAACGUUAUUCUAUUCCUUUUUCUUCACACUGGAGCACUUUACGGACUGUAUCUAGCAUUUACAUCCGCUAAAUUACUCACUUCUAUUUUUGCAUAUUUUCUGUACGUGUUGAGUGGUUUAGGAAUUACUGCAGGAGUUCACAGACUUUGGGCUCAUAGAUCAUACAAAGCCACUUGGCAAUUGAGGCUUUUAUUAACAAUUUUCAACACUCUUGCGUUUCAAGAUUCAGUAAUUGACUGGGCAAGAGAUCACAGAGUACAUCACAAAUACAGCGAAACUGAUGCUGAUCCCCACAAUGCUACAAGAGGAUUCUUUUUUGCCCACGUCGGGUGGUUGCUGGUUCGUAAGCAUCCUCAGUUAAAGGAAAAAGGAAAAGGAAUUGAUCUGUCAGAUCUUUAUAGUGACCCUAUCCUGGCUUUCCAGAAAAAAUACUACCUUUUGGUCAUGCCACUGGUAUGCUUUCUUAUCCCUACUGUGAUUCCAAUGUACUUCUGGGGCGAGACUUUUGGUAAUGCGUUCUUCGUACCAACGAUUUUACGUUACACCUUCACUUUGAACAUGACUUGGCUUGUAAACUCUGCUGCUCAUUUCUUUGGAAAUAAACCCUAUGAUAAAUCCAUUAAUCCAGCUCAAAACAUAGGAGUUGCUAUUUUUGCUCUUGGUGAAGGAUGGCACAAUUAUCACCAUGUUUUCCCUUGGGAUUACAAAACUUCCGAGCUUGGAAACUACAGUUUCAAUUUUACAACGGCUUUUAUCGACUUCUUCUCUCGCGUAGGUUGGGCUUAUGAUCUUAAAACCGUUUCCGAAGAUGUAAUAAAAAAACGUGUUCAGAGAACUGGAGAUGGUACUCAUGAAAUCUGGGGAUGGGGUGACAAAGAUCAACCUGAAGAUGAAAAACAAAGUGCUAUUAUUAUAAAUCCACAAAAAACCGCGUAAAUGUUAAUCAUAACAAUGAAAAUGUGUAGUGAAAUUUUCGAAAAAACAUAAUAUGUUAGUAUUUUGAAAUUUUGGAAAUUCAAUUCCAGCUUAACAACAUGUCCUUUUGAUACUAUUGAAAAAUCUAUUUUUUUUAAAAUGUCCACUCAUCUCAUUUUAAUUAUCAAAAAUUCUUAGUAAAUUCUGAUACAUCGAUAUCAAUAUAUCAAUGAUAUGGCUAUAUAUAAAAAUUCAUAAAAAUAUAGUUUAUUUCAUGACUGCAAAAUGAGAAGUUUAUUUUGUGACAUUCAUUAAAAGCAGCGAAAGUUAACUUGAAUUGAUUACGUUCCAAAAAUACACUUUUGAAUUUUUGAAUAAGUGCUCAAAUUAAAAUGAUUAGUUUGAUGUAUAAAGUAUGAUUUCAAAAUAUUUGUAAAAAAAAAUUCUGUUUAUACAUUUUCAAUAAUGUUAAAGUAAUGUGUAUACAGCGCAAUAAUUUGCCCGUAAUACAGUAAUACGAACGAAGAUUUUUAUCAAAUACUACUCAAAUUUCUAGCCAACUUAUGAAUGAUUACGAAAUUACUUGAUUUAUUUUACUCUAUUUGUAUAUUAAAAAGUUAAAUAUGCUGCUGUGCAGCAUUUAAAAAUAUGAGUGAAUUGACGUUACUGAUGUAACAAACGAUUGUCGCUUAUUUAUGAAAAUAUAAAUGAUAAGUGUUUUUGCGCUGUGAACUUUUUGUUUUACACAUAAAAUAGUUUUAUAAUAACUGAAAAUAAUUUUACAUUAUACAGGUAUAAUUUAAAUGAUAAAUUAAAAAAUAAAUCAUUUUAACGCAGAUUAUCAAUAUCAACCAACAACGAACUUUUAUUACGAUUUAUAAAAAAAAAGUUUAAUAAAUUGACCAUGUUACAUUGAUUAA